GAUGUUGCACAUUGUGUGCACAUGGCACUGGCAUGGAAAACAAACGCUCAGAGACCUACUACAUCACACGACCCUGAUAGAUGCUAGUAGUGUUCACGCCGGACAUCGAUAACUCAAAGUGUCUGUUUCGUGUGUUCCACGUGCGCAAAUCAAGCAGACAAUAAUGAGUCAGUAUAAGCACAACAGAACAUUCCAGUUUUAUGAAAACUUAAGAACUAAUCUCGACUUUCAGCUCAUUUAAUCCUGAGAUGCAACGAAAUGUUUCCGUGUUACUGAAGACCAGUAUUUCUUGGUACAUUCGAACUUGUGAAUGAAAAACAUAUUUCGAAGUGACUGAAGAAUGACAUGUAACAUCCAUAAGGUGGUAGUGCCGUAAUCAGCUGCUUCCAUAUGGCAGCUUGUAGAUAAUUAAGUGUAUUCACUGGAAGCUCGUUAUUUCGUUUUAUCUGUGUAUAUUUUAAGAUUUUUUUAGCUUUUAAAACCAUUUCGAAAGUACCUGAAAAGAUGGCAGCUCGAUUAAUGCAAAAAGGAAUAGAUCAUCUUAAAAGCAAAGAGUUUCGUGAUUAUCUUAUGAGUACACAUUUUUGGGGACCUAUUGCAAAUUGGGGAAUUCCACUUGCUGCCAUUGCUGAUACACAAAAAUCUCCUGAAAUGAUUAGUGGAAAAAUGACCACAGGUUUAAUGGAUUUUCUAAUUCUUUUAAUAUUCUACAUUUUCAUUUAUUUGGAUUAAUUAAGUAGUGGAAGGAGAAAAUAUUUUCUAUUCAAAUUGUGUAUAUACUUAUGACAUGUUUCUUAACUGUUGCAUAUAUUGAAGCAUAAACAUUUUAAAAAUAAGGUUAAUGUCAUUUAAGAUAUAACAAAAUUCAUAUGAUAUGACUUGUUUUGUGCUUUCUGUUUGUUCUAGCAUUGACAUUGUACUCGUGUAUGUUCAUGAGAUUUGCAUGGAAGGUGCAACCACGAAACUUAUUGCUAUUUGCUUGCCAUUUUACAAAUACUUCUGCUCAACUUGUCCAGGGAACUAGAUUUAUAAAUUAUAAUUACAUUCAGAAGGAUAAAGCAAUUGCUUCAUGAGUGUUUACCUUAGUUUGAUACUCUAGUUAUUAAUCAAAUUUGAAGGUCUAUUUUUACAAUAGGAUGUUGAAUAUUACUCUGAUAUGUUGUUUUUGAUAGUGUUAAAACUUUUAGAAAUUACAAUAUGUACAUAACUUCCAGAUAAUGGGCAUUAAAUUUUCAAGAAUUAUUGAUAUAAUUUUUAUUUGUUUGUGAAACCAGUCCCUUCUUCCUUCAAGGUAAAUAAAAAAAAUUGAUUGAUUUGAUUGACAGCCAUACAUUGGUAAUUUUGUAUAUUUGCUAUUGCUGUACAAAACAUGUGUAUUGUUGAUUUCCAAUAAAUUAAAUGAAAUGCAACUGCAAUGUAACUAUGAAAUAUAUCAUGUAAGCUCAUUAAAUACAAUGCAAAUGCUGGAAUUCUCAAACAAGUAACAGUUUCCUAAUUAUUUUAAAUGGCAGCAAUUUUCCUAAUAUUCAUUUCUUUUACAAUAAUGAAACUUAACAUGAAAACAUUUUGUUUCCAUGGGAACAUUUUUCUAUUUUGCAACCAAGAGUAGACAUGACCUAAAUUAUAAUGUUAAACAAUGACAGUUGUUGAUGCAUUGAUAAUUUUUUCUAAAAUUUAUGUGUGUGUUUUGUUAUCUGUCUAUUUUAUUUUAUUGUUUAUAGUGCUAUCUGUGUGGUUAUAUUUCUUUUUCCACUGAAUUUUACCAUUUUAAGGUAUUUAUGAAUAUCAUAUGCUUGUAAUAGCCAUUUUGUCUGUUUUAGUUAGAAUGCAAUGAAUAAACUGAACUCAAAAUGUUCCACAUUCUACCUAAAGGAAAAUUGAAAGUGUGAAUGCAAAUUAAGAAAGUUUGACAGUUGUGAGAAGCCAAAUUCAGUAGUUUCCAAAGUGUAGUGUAGUGAUCGAAAACAAGGUUCUGAAGAAGCUGUGAUUCUAAUCUGAGAAUUAAAUGACAUGAAACGUUUUUUCUUUAAUUACAAAAAUAAAGCAUUCAUUUUCUCAUCAGUUUUGCAUUGUAGUAACUAAUUUAUUCAAUGAAACAAAUUAUAUACAGGAAGUGUGAAAUGCUCAGCUCGAUUUUGAAAUGAAUUUGACUUACUUGCGAAUGUAAUUUUAGUAUUAAAAUGUGUUGAACCAUUCCUUAAUGUAAACAUAAUUUCUUUAGUGAAACAAAAUGGUAAGUUUGAUAAUUGAUUCAAACCAUUAUUAAGUGUUGUUAUUCCAUAAUUUAAUUAGUUGUUUGUUCUGCUUUCAUUUUGCUUCACUUGUCCUGUUUGUAAAGAAUACCUUUUGCAUAUGUUUUAUAUACACAGUUUUCUCUGUAUCAAUACAAAAAAUAAUUUAUAAAAUUCUGAUUAUAAAUGGGAGAUAUCAACUUGGAAAAGAAUCUUAGGGCUUAUUACUGUUACUGCUCUUUUUCUAUUCAUUGCAC